AGGCUGCAAGAAAAAUACUCCAGGAUUGUGUGGUGGGGUGGAAUAUACGAAAAACAACACCAGGGUUGUGUCAUGUGUGGUGUGAGGAAUAUACGAAAAAAGACACCAGGAUCUUAAGCGGAGACUGAUCUCGUAUGAUCUUUGACUUCAUAUCGAUUUGGAAUGCGAUUGUUGAAUGUGUUAUUGCAUCAGUCGUCUGUAAUAACACUUUUCGUAAAAUACCGCACAAUAUAUACCUCUCCACUUAGAAUGGUGCUUGAUUUAGAUCUUUUCCGCGAGGAACGCGGUGGUAAUCCGACCAAAAUACGAGAGAAUCAAGGAAAACGAUAUAAAGAUGCAUCUAUGGUUGAUAAAGUGAUAACUACUGAUGGCGAAUGGCGAAAAUGUCGUUUUCAAGCAGACAAUUGGAACAAACUGAAGAAUUUGUGUAGUAAACAAAUUGGAGAGAAAAUGAAGAAAAAAGAACCUGUUGGUGACACAGAUGAACUCCCUGAAAUGAUCUGUAGUGAUAUGUCUGUUCUUAAGGCAGAAACUUUACAGGGUUUGACUGUCACUCAGAUCAAGAAAAUUAGAGUUUUGAUUGAUGAAAAAAUAGCAGAAUGUCGCCAACAAGUGGAAGAAUGGGAAAAAUUGCGUAAUUCAACUCUCUUUGAAAUUGGAAAUAUUCUUCAUGAUGAUGUACCAGUUAGCAAUGAUGAGGAAGAUAAUGGCAUUAUCCGAGUAGUUGGAGAUUGCUCAAUUAGAAAAAAGUAUUCUCACAUAGAUCUUGCUGUUAUGGUAGAUGGUAUUGAUGUUGAUAGAGGUGCAUCCGUAUCUGGAAGUCGAGGGUAUUUUAUGAAAGGACCGUUGGUGUUUUUGGAGUAUGCAUUACUUCAACAUGCGAUGCAAAUGCUCUAUGAAAAAGGAUUUACACCACUUUACACACCAUUUUUUAUGCGUAAAGAUGUUAUGCAAGAGGUUGCCCAGUUAAGUCAAUUUGAUGAAGAACUUUACAAGGUGAUUGGCAAAGGAACUGGAGAGGACGGAACUGCUGAUGAAAAAUAUUUAAUUGCAACAAGUGAGCAGCCAAUAGCUGCAUUUCAUCGUGGAGAAUGGCUUGAUCAUAAUGACCUUCCUAAAAAAUAUGGAGGCUCAUCAACAUGUUUUCGUCAAGAAGUAGGAGCACAUGGCCGUGAUACGAGAGGAAUAUUUCGCGUUCAUCAAUUUGAGAAAGUGGAACAGUUUGUGAUAUGUUCUCCCAAAGAUGACAUUUCAUGGCAAAUGUUUCACGAGAUGAUUGGAAAUGCUGAAGAAUUUAAUAAAUCUUUGGGAAUUCCUUACAGAAUAGUCAGUAUCGUCUCAGGUGAACUGAAUAACGCUGCGGCAAUGAAGUAUGAUUUGGAAGCGUGGUUUCCAGGAAGUGGAGCAUUUCGUGAACUCGUAUCUUGUUCAAACUGUACAGACUAUCAAGCAAGACGACUACAAGUUAGGUUUGGUCAAACAAAGAAAAUGCAAGAAAAGGCUGAAUUUUGUCACAUGUUGAAUUGCACAAUGUGUGCAAUCUCUAGAACAAUUUGUGCUAUAUUGGAAAACUAUCAAACGGAAGAAGGAGUUGAAUUACCUGAAGUAUUGAAACGCUUCAUGCCACCAAGUCUGCAAUCAUUAAAAUUUAUCAAUCCAGCACCAAUUGAUGAACAAGCUCAGAGUAAGAAACAGAAGAAGAAGGGUAAGACAGAUGUAAAACAGCCAAUGGAAGAAAAAAUGGACGAUUUGAAAAUAUGAAAUCAUUUUGCAUGAAUGAAAUCGAACUGAUUCUAUAAUAUGUGACGCUAUAGAAUGGUUGUUUUCAAACUGUGUUCUUAGUUGUUCGCCCAUGUUUCUUAAGGUUUAUCAUAUAUGGUCUGCUCUUGUGAUCAUUAUAGAUAAAACGCAGUUUCUUUUAAAUAAUCUUCGAGUUGGCGUGUUCAUACUCGCGUAUUAAUCAUAAAUCUGAAAAAAAAUUCUCCACUUCGUCA